AUGGAGGCGUUUAACACGCAUAUUCCAGGUCGAAACGCCGUAUGUCCUACUUGCAAGACUAAAACUACUAUCAAAGAUGUCAGAAAACACUAUACUAAUGCAGUGAAGGUCACCGAUACCACUGAAGUGGAGAUGUUGAAAAAUUCAAAUGCUGCUUUACACAUCAAAAUCUCUGGUCUCGAAGUCGAACUAGCUCGGAAAGAUCGAGAACUUACUGAAUUGAGAAAGAAAUUGCAAGAGGGAAUACCACAUGACAUCAUAAGCGCUACGCCUCAGCUGAUAGUGCAGCCAAGAGGUGGGCGAAUGUUCAUGAAUCCAGAGCGGAAAGAAUCUUUAGUAAAUGGAUCAUCAAAUGCAGAUGCUCGCGCCAUGGAUUUCAAUGGAGAAGUCUGGGCGGUAGGAGUUGCAUGCUCACAAGUCCGUAACAUUUUCAGUCCUUAUGGCAUUAGGAUGCUCACUAUAAGUCGACAAGAGUUCAAACUCCGUGAGUGCUAUCCUCUACACAGCGGGAGGUCAAGAGUAGUUGUGUUUUCGCCUUUCGAAUCGAGUCUCCUUCUAUCAGGCGGUGAAGAUAAACGCGCUUUGGUUUCCAUGAAUGGCGCCGUCCGCAGACAGUGGAAGAUGCCAAAUGAAAAGCCAGUAUGGACUGGCUGUUGGACGUCAGCCAACAGGGUAGCUUUGGGACUUGGAGAUGGUCGAGUUUUUGAAUACGCGGUCGAUUCGGAUUCUACUGAGCCGAUACGUGACUAUACACAAGGCGUCGGUCAUUUGCCUAUAAUAUUCACCGGCUUCGAUCCAUCAUCUUCAACAUUGCUGGUUGCUUCAUUUAAGAAGUUGAUAGCGUUCAGAAAUGAAAGAGUUUUCCCGCUAUUGAACAAUGCUGAUGGUUAG